CAGUAAGAUCGCGCAAAACAGACGAAAAUCAUCAAAUUAUUUUUGUCAAUUUGAUUAACAAUAUUGUAAAUAGUAGCGAGGUUAAAGGUGUAGACCAUAAAAUUUAAUAAUUUAGUGCUGAAAAUUAGCGGCGAAAAUAUUCGGCCCGUGGGUUUUUUAUAGUUGAAAUCCAUGAUUCGCCUUGAAAUAGUGAAAAAUGACGGAAGCUGAGAGGUACGGGCGAGAAUAUAGCAGACUAAGAAGACUCACUAGUAAUUUAGAUGUGCAACAAUCUUGUACAGAAUAUGGUCUCUCAGAGGACCAAGUGGCCGAAUUCAAAGAAGCCUUUAUGCUCUUCGACAAGGACGAAGACGGGACAAUCACAAUGGCUGAGUUGGGGGUAGUGAUGAGAUCCCUAGGGCAGCGGCCUACUGAAACUGAAUUACGAGAUAUGGUCAAUGAAGUGGAUCAAGAUGGAAACGGAACUAUCGAGUUUAAUGAAUUUUUGCAGAUGAUGUCGAAGAAAAUGAAAGAUGCGGAUGGAGAAGAAGAAUUGAAGGAAGCUUUUAGAGUGUUUGAUAAAAAUAAUGAUGGACUGAUUUCAUCAAAUGAAUUGCGUCAUGUGAUGACCAGUUUAGGGGAACGGCUUUCGGAGGAAGAAGUCGAUGACAUGAUUAAAGAAGCUGAUUUAGACGGAGAUGGUCAAGUUAAUUAUGAAGAAUUCGUUACUAUCCUCACCUCAAAGAAAUAGAGAAAGACUGCAAGACAAUGGUCCAAAUUUUUGUACAAGAUCUGCUUGGUUAUAUAAAUCUAUAACAAUUGAUAUUAUAUAUGCUGCUAUAUUAUAUUGGAACAAAGUCUUCAAAUCUCUUUUUAUGUACUUAGAUUAUGCUAUAGCACAGCUUCACGUCUCAAUAGAAUGCUUUUUUUUCAGUGGCGUAGCUGUCAUUCACAGAAUUAUUAUAAAACGUUAAGAAUUAAUUUAUAACAAUAAAAAUAUUAGUAAAUAUAAAACAUAUAAAAUAUUGGUUAAUUUUUUGGUUUACCAUUUUACAUUAUUAUCUAUUUUCAUAUCGUUUACGUAACAAGAUAAAUGACAAAAAUCUUAUUUCUUUGCGAAGACAUCGUUCAGGAAAGCUGAAAAUAAUAAACGUUAAAAUUAUUAUGUUGAUUUAACACAUUUUGCUUUGAAUAUCUUAAACUUUUAUGAAAAAUGCUUUAACAAUAUUUUUUUAUAAGCUGAUGUGAGUAUUAAUUAUAGUGUAUAAAUAUUGUAUAUUUAUAUUUGACAGUUGACUUUUAUUAUAUUGUUCACAAGAGGGUUAAAUAUGAUCCUGAUAUGGAAAAAGCUUUUACGGACUCAAAUCCCUAAUAAUACACGCAAUCAAAGAAGUAGUAGUUUAUUCUUUAACGAUACUUUAAUGAAGAUGGGAUACUAAUGUAAUUUUAUAUAUACAAUGAUUAAUACACUUGAUAUUAGUAACAUUAGGUUAUCGACACAUUUGUACGGUCGUAUUUGUCGCGAAAAGUAAAUGUUGCUCAGGACUAGCUACGCCACUGACCAGUCGAAACUAGCGUUUGGAACAAGCAUUAUGGUGUUAGUCCAUGAUAUGGUGGUUUUCUACUGAUAAUUCUUUUUAUUUACAUAGAUUUACUUGAAAUGUUAACAGUAGACAGAAAAUAGCUCAAAGAUUGGUGGUUACCACCCCAACUAGUUGGUGGAAAAGGUUUAUUAAAAAAACGGUUUUUCGCAAAUAAUCUGCAAAGUGUUUUAAAAUGAAAUAAAGCUUAUUAAACAAAAAGAAUCGGUUUUUAUUAUUACCGUUAACUUAAUAUUAACAAAGAUUUGGCUGUCCGAAAGUAGACUUGUACUCAUGGAGUACAAAAAGGCAAAAAUGGUGUUGAAUAACUAGAAAACCGUAAGUUUUUUAUGAAAAACUUAUUGAAACUUUUUUUAUAAUCUUAAAAAACCCUUUAAACUGACCGCUGGUAAUUGUGAUAAAAAAGUUCGUAAAUAUUUUUUGUGACGCUGAAAGUAACAAUCUCACCCCGGCCAAAACCACCCUGGUGGAUUCAACAACUAUUGACAAGUAUUCGUUGUUCGAAGUUUAACUAAUUUAUAGGGUUAAAUUUUGAAAAAAUAAAAUAUAUUGUGAAGACAAUAAUUUCGGAAUUUCUCAAAAAAUACCUUUUUUUCAAAAUAACUAUAUUUUACUACAGAUUUUAGUUUUUUUUUAUUUCUAUAGUAAAAAUUAAACGAGAUAUGAUUAUUUAAAGUGUGUAUUAACAUGCGUUUAGUACCAUCUUCAAGCUCUUUCAGCACAAUCCUUUUAAAAACUAAAGGCUUAAAAACAAUUUAAUGUACACAACUUUAUUUCAUAUUUUUAUUCCAUAAAAAUAACAAAAAUCAAAAUUUUCAGUAAAAAAAACGUUUUUUUUGUAUUUAAC